AUGUAUACAGCCAUACAAUUCAUUUAUGAAGUGCAUGAGUGUCUGAAACUGGACCCGGAUCAUAAGCAGUGUUUCAGUCAUUACAAACAGGUGAAGAAACUCAACAAACAGAUCCAGUCUGCCGAGGAGCUCAUCCAGCAGCAGAGGUUAGCUUCUCAAAGUCUGCAUGUAACACGCAGUUAUACCAAACAAAAGAACACGUCACAGAAUGGACUGACAGCCAAAGAGCGGAUCUGUCACUGUCUAGCCCAGGUACGUCAGACUGCCAAAGCCAUUGAGGUGUGCAGUGAAGUCCUGAAAUCAGACCCAGACAAUGCUAACGCACUGAAAGACAGAGCAGAGGCCUACCUUCAGGACGAGCAGUAUGAAGAGGCCAUUAAGGACUUUGAGAAAGCCCGGGAACAGAAUGAAAAUGACCGUCAGAUAAAGGAGGGGUUGGAGAGAGCACAGCGACUCCUCAAACAGUCCCAGACAAGGGAUUACUACAAUAUCUUAGGCGUGAAGAGAACUGCCCAAAAGAAGGAAAUCAUCAAAGCUUACAGGAAGUUGGCACAGCAGUGGCAUCCAGACAAUUUCCAAGACCCGGAAGACAAGAAAAAAGCUGAGAAGAAGUUCAUUGAUAUUGCCCAGGCCAAAGAGGUGCUCACUGAUCCAGAGAUGAGGAGUAAAUUUGACCAGGGAGAAGAUCCUCUGGACCCCGAGAGUCAGCAGGGAGGAGGACACCCCCACUUCAGAGGCGGCUGGGAGAACUUCCAGGGCUUCAACCCUUUCGGCUCAGGACCGUUCCGCUUCAAAUUCAGCUACAACUGA